CGAUAGUGAGCAAUACUCACUCGAGAUUGAACCGCUCCUGUAAACUUUCAACACAAGAUGGGAGGAGUUGUUGCAGUUCCAGUCGUCAUCGUAGCGUGUCUUCUUUUUUGCCCUCGCGGGCCUGGUAGUCCUCCAGCUGACAAGACCCCUCCAGUGUUGGAAGGUCCCUGUCCCUCUGGAUUUAAUGUCUACACGGACCCUCGGUUGCACAGCACUGUGGUUAAAUGGAAAGAACCACAUGCUACAGACCCAAGUGAUCCCGUCAGUAUUGGAAGGGAGGACAACAAUCCGAAUUCUGGCAAUAGGUUUAGUGCCUAUAACUCUCCGUACUUCAUAAAAUAUAGUGCUACCGAUGGAUACGGGAACAAAAACGGAAAUUUGUGUUCGUUCAAGAUCACAGUGACAGAAAUAACAUGUGGGCUCCAUCCAGCAGUGUCCAUGGGUUAUGUCUCCUGUUCCCAUCAAGACCUAUAUGGAUCGACGUGUACAAUUAGGUGCACCAAUGGAUAUUCCAUUACAGGAGGACAGAGCAGCCGUACAUGUCAAAGUAAUAGUAUGUGGUCAGGGACCAAACCGUCAUGUACACCAAUCCAGUGCCCUGACCCUUACCCCAACCUGCCAGAUACAUCCACUACCUGCACAGAUGGCCACAAUUAUAACAGCAUUUGUUUCUUUGCCUGUCAACCUGGUUACAGCCUACCGUCCAGUUCAACUGGCAUAAGAACAUGUAGAGCGAAUAAGGUUUGGACGGGUACAGCGAAUCCAGUGUGUGUUGACACGCAGCGUCCAGUUAUGAACUGCCCAGGUACUAUCUCGGCUUAUGCAGGGUCUGGUCAAACCACCACAACAGUCACUUGGGACCUUCCGACUGUGACAGACAACUCGAACGAGGUACUUACCGCAGAGAGAAUAGAAGGGCUUCCUCCUGGAGCUGCUUUCAGCAGAGGUUCACAUGUCAUCAAAUAUGAAGUCAGUGAUUCCAGUGGGAAUACCGCUAGGUGUUCAUUCAGCGUUGUUGUGCAAGUUAUUCAGUGUUCAGCCCGAUCCUUCCUCCCUGGCCAGCGGAUGAUGUGCACAUCACAGUUCAACUUUGGCUCUGUUUGUCAGUUUGAAUGCUCAUCAGGCUUUGUGUUGGAUGGAAGUAACACCAAUGAAUGCUUACGACAAGGGGAUACCGCUAAUGGUGUUUGGAGUGCACCACAACCAACUUGUGAAGACAUUAACUGCCCGGCACUCAACCCACCAGUGAAUGGUAGAGUUUCUGGUGACUCCCCACAGUGCCCUACUGAAUAUGGAUCAUUGUGUGAGAUUGAAUGUGACGAUGGUUAUGAACUCACAGGAAGUGGAUUUUUUCGGUGUCUUGCAUUGUCUGGAGCGUCUGAAGGAUACUGGGACGGUGAUGAUGCUAGAUGUGAAGUGCAAACUUGCCCUCGUGCCUAUAUCUCCAACUACGGUCUGAUCACCAACCGAGAUGAGUGUCCAGCCACCAAUCAGGUCCCUGCUGGUUCUACCUGUCGUUAUGCUUGCGAGCCGGGCCAUGUACUGGUAGGGUCAUCAGAGGUCACAUGUGGACUGGAUGGCGAGUGGGAUUCAUUGUUUCCCUAUUGUGAAGCUGUAACUUGUGACAACAGCGCGUUACCUCCACCAGGAAAUGGCAUUAAAAAUGGCUGCCCCCACUCCGAGGAGACGUACGGCACAACGUGUACACUGAUUUGUAAUGUUGGCUUCAUGCCAACACAACCCACCUAUGUAACAUGCACUGAUGAUGGAAAUGGUGUGGGUGAAUGGAAUGGCAACACCAUCACAUGUGAAGAGGUAAAGUGUGAUCCAUUACCUGUACCAGACAUCACAGCGGGAUAUAUGGCCGUCACCUGCACACUUUAUGGGGUAGAGGUUACAGAGAUAGACCAACCACUGAGUUAUGGCACUGUGUGUGUUACACCAUGUGAUCUGGGAUACAUGGGUAGUGGCUCAGGAAGUCGUUCCUGUCUGUUGUCUGGUCAAUGGGAUGGAAUGCCAAUACAGUGUCACGAUAUAACUCCACCCACUUUGAUAUGCCCGCCUGACAUCACUGUUUUCGCUGAACAGGGAACCAACUUUGCUGAAGUUCACUACAACUGGGAGCCCAUACAGGUUUUGGAAGCCAGUGGUGACACUGUAGCAACGCUUGAGAGUAUAAAUGGAGCAUCUGUACCAGCCAAUAAGAGCACAGUAUUUACAGAAGGGACUUAUCGCCUGAUCUAUAGAGCCACAGACAGCAGCGGCAAUUCAGCAACAUGUGACAUUUAUCUUGAUGUGAGAGUCACAAGAUGUCGACCGUUGCCUGCCCCCCAGCACAGUGUGACUAGCCUUGCUUCAGGCCAGGGUAAUUGUGACAGCUCUGUAGUAUAUGGCUCAGUGUGUAACAUUAGUUGUGAAGAAGGCUACACAGUGACCUCAGUCAGUCAGAACCAAGUAGUAUCCAGUGUUUGCAGUAAGAUCGUAUCAUCAUCGACCAUUGGCUACUGGGACGGCCCGUCUGUAGAUUGCAUACCAAACACGUGCAGAGUACCAGUCAUUUCGAAUGGCUAUGUGUCGGGCUGUAUCGGGCAGGAGGUGGAUUACCAGUCUACUUGUACAUUUGUAUGUAAUCCUGGUUUUCAUAGCAGCCAGACAUAUUUGAGCAGUCAAAGAAGAAGUUGUCUUGCUGAUGGAUCGUGGACUGGCUCUGACCUACUCUGUGAAGCUGUGGUUUGCACCGGGCUCUUGAGCCUUGAUCAGGGCACAGUUCAACCGAGUAGUUGCUCCACUGAGUCUGAACUUCCUUACAACACAAGAUGUACAUUUACAUGUGAUGAGGGCUACUCUUUGAAUGGUCCUUACAGUAAGACGUGUACUGCUCAGGGUGUUUGGAGUGAUUCACGGGUCGUCUCAUGCACAGAUCAUCAAUCACCAGUGUUUACUGAGAGUUGCCCAAUGUAUAUUGAGAAGACUGCUCCACCAGGAAUGCGGCAAGCUGUUGUCAUCUUUCAAACACCGGUAGCAACUGAUAACUCUGGGGAUGUAAAUGUUGCCAGCUUGGAUAUUUCCCAGGGAUCUGGGUCAUCGUUUACUGAAGGCACAACACGUUUGACUUACAUUGCCACAGACCAAGCUUCAAAUAGCAGACGCUGUGAUGUCUACAUCACUGUGCGGGUUCUACGCUGCCAGCCCCUACAAGCACCAGCCAGUGGUUCCCUUGUCCAGUGCCCAAGUAACAUCUAUGGAUCUACCUGUAGCUUCACCUGCAACACGGGGUACCAACUGACAGGCCCUGAAAGCAGGAAAUGUGAAAAGAACGGUGAAGCUCCUCUAGUGGAGUGGACAGAGCAAAACCCUACAUGCUCACCAAUCUCAUGUCCUGCCCUGGCUGACCGGCCUGGUCUAGUGCUUCGUUCAGGCUGCCUUCAUUACCCACCUGCAACUGAACUGCUGGGUACCACCUGCCAUUGGUACUGUCCUUAUGGCUAUGGAGGUGUUGGUAACCCGCAAUCUACCUGCCUUGCCAAUAGUACAUGGGAUGUGGUGGACUUUACCUGUGAAGAGAGAAGUUGUCCAGCUUUAGUUGUUACUGAGGGCUUGGAGAUAUCUCCAGCUGAAUGCCUCAUCUCUCCAGAUUACAAUGACAUCUGUUACCUUCGCUGUUCUCAAUCUGGGUAUAGAGUAGACCCUCCUUCCUAUACCUUCAUCCGAUGCCUUGGUAGUGGAGAUUGGUCUCAUGAUAGCACUGCUUUCAGCUGUGUUGAUUAUGAAAGCCCACAUUUCACAACUUGUCCACUUGACUUUGUGGCAUACCCAACGGACACCUCACUAAAUGUAAUUGUUACAUGGACAGUAGAAGCUACAGAUAAUUCUGAUGAAUCGCCAACUAUUACCUGCAAUCCAGCACAACCAGCACUGCUACCAGUUGGGGAUAAUAUUAUCAACUGUGUUGCUACAGAUACAGCAGGGAAUCAAGCUUCUUGUAACUUUGAAGUCAGUGUCAGAGUUGCCAGAUGUAGACCCCUCAACCCACCGUUCUUCGGGCAUUUUAUUGGAACAUGUGAGGAUCAACUUGGAAGUACCUGCCAGGUUGGCUGUCUGAAUGGCUACACCCUGCGAGGUUCGGAAACCGCAAAAUGCUCCAGGAAUGCUACCACUAGUCUUUUGUCUUGGACCAGGGACGGUCCAAGACCAUCAUGUCAAUUGGCUAGAUGUGCCCCCUUACCAGCAGAUCUCAUCCCAAGCAAUGGAGGUGUUUAUCCUUCAAUUUGCCGAGGUCCAGGACAACCUUAUUAUGGUACCACCUGCAGUUUCUUCUGCCGUAAUGGAUUUGAGCUGACAGCCUCACAUGAUAUGGUGACGUGCCUCGCUGAUGGUACAUGGGAUCAAAAUCUGUACAUGCUCUCUGUGACAUGCCAAGAUACCGUUCCACCAAUACUCAAAGUCUGCCCUGGCUCCUUAGUUGGAUCAAUGUCUGGCCAGACCCUUGGGGUUCUCCUCUCCUUUGAUGUUCCCAUGGCAACUGACAACUCCGGUGAUCAACUUACAGUUAUCAAGACACCCAAUGACAUCGACUCACCAUACAAUUUCACCCGGGACACAGUAGUGUCUUACAAUUUCAGUGAUGGCGCCGGGAACAGUAUUGUGUGUACUUUCAGUGUUAAUAUCAUGGAUAACCUGUCACCAGUCAUCGUAUCAUGUCCGGAUGAUCAAGAUAUCAUCACCAAUAAAACAAAAACUAUCGUCAGGUGGCCAGUGCCGGAAUUCAGAGAGCUGACUGGAGAUGAAUUGGAAACAUCGUGCUCUCACACAAGCGGAGCUUCAUUUCCAUGGGGUAGUACUAACAUUCAAUGCACUGCAACCAAUUUGGAUAAUGGAAAGACCAGCAUAUGCCAGUUUACUGUGACAAUCACACCCAUUUCAUGUCCAGAGCUUAAUGAUCCAAGGAACGGAGCUAAAGCUUGUGAUGAGUGGGCGUAUGGUCACUUCUGUUCAAUGUUCUGCAAUGAGAACUACGAUGUAUCAAUAGAUGUGGGGACGACUUUCUUCGUCUGUGGCUUGUCCGGCCUAUGGAGACCUCUGCAGCGGUUUCCUGAUUGUAACAAACGAGUACGCCCAGGUGGGUUACGCAUGUUAUCUGAGCUACAGUAUUUCAGCGGAGACUGUUCUGAUCCAGCAACACAAGAUCAGAUCAAAGUACAAUUCAUCCAGCUUCUCAACGAGUCGUUGUUCAGCGACAUCUGCACCAAUAAUGCUGACCAAUGCAAUGUUGACAAUGUGCAGGUGACUUGCGGACCCACAUCAUCAAGAGGUCGCCGUGAUGUCUCCAGAUGGAGAGAUUCAUCUAAAAGUGUCCACAGUGGCAUCCAACAGAUGUUUCAACCUAAGAAUGGCAGCGAUCUCGAGAUGGACUCUGACAUGGAGCUUAUGGAACAUGCACAGAAGUGGCUCAGUGAUAUGAAAAAAGAGGGUAGACUUCCAUCAGACCCAAGAGAUAACUCCAAGAGGUAUCGUCGUAGACAUCCCACCAAACUCCAGAAUCGCAAAAGAAGUCAAACUCGCCAUCAAAGGGAUGUCUCAAUGGACUUUGAGCUGACGAUAUCAUUUGAUAUGGUAUAUCUCCUACCCACUGAUCCAAUGAUGGAAAGUGAUGUGUUUGAGGACGAGAAAUGGUAUGGGUACGAUACUCUCUUUGAGCUAUCAGACAAUGUACUGGAGGAAUGCGAUCAAGGGAACCUUUUUCCGGAUGUUCAGGGCCUGGAUGUAGAUCCCCACCCAUCAGAUGUUUAUGUCGAUUAUGAACCAAGCCCAUCCUGCCCAUUGGCACAUGUGUCAACAUAUAGUUUGGAUUGUGUGGAAUGUGGGUUGGGAUUUUACUUUGACAGUGAAACCAUUACAUGUAGUAGUUGCCCAGUAGGAUCCUAUCAGGAUGAAGAGGCACAGUUAACCUGCAAGACAUGUCCCCCAGGAACAUCAACCAUCGGGAAUACAACCAAGAGCGCUGAAGAAUGUCUAGGUAUUUGCCCAUGUGGUCACUUCUCGAGCACUGGACUUGAGCCAUGCUUGAAAUGUGAGAAAGGAUCGUACCAGGGCGUGGUAGGGUCUAAUUACUGUCAGCAAUGUCCGGUCGGUCAGUCUACAGCCAGAAUGGGUUCUUCUACUGUUGGGGAGUGUACAGAUGUGUGCGGUUUAGGAACAUUUUCCUCUACAGGGGUGCAGCCAUGUACCUCUUGUCCUCUUCAUAGCUACCAGUCAGAGGAAGGUCAGAGUUCAUGUGAUUCAUGCCCUGAGUGGGAAAUAACCCAAAGCACUGGUGCAACAACAUCAGACAUGUGUCAUAUGCAAACUUUCUGCUUGGAUGAUUCCUGCUGUCUGAAUGGUGGAACUUGUGUAGAGCAGAUAGGGACGUACCGUUGUGAGUGCCCAGUGGGCUUAACAGGCCAGCACUGUCAGACCAACGUGGAUGAUUGCCAACAAGAUUCCUGUCUCAAUGGUGGGACCUGCCUAGAUGAACUUGAUGCUUUUAGUUGCUUAUGUCCGACAGGAUUCGAAGGUGAUGAUUGCUCUAUUGACAUAGACUAUUGCACUGAUGCACCUUGUGAGAACAGUGGAACCUGCAAUGACCAGACCAAUGGGUUCACAUGUACAUGUGAUUUGGGUUUUACUGGUGCCACUUGUGCAACAAACAUCAAUGAAUGCCUAAGCCAACCCUGUCUGAACGGUGGUUCAUGCACUGACGGUGAGGGAGAGUACCUAUGCUGUUGUGCUGCUGGCUUCACAGGUGAUAAUUGUGAGACUUCCAUCAACGAGUGUGUAUCUAACCCAUGCCAGCAUAGUGGCACCUGCAUUGAUGGAAACGCCUCCUAUCUCUGCUCCUGCAAUACAGGCUAUGAGGGAGACAACUGUGAGAUAGAUAUGGACCUAUGUGCUGUCAACCCCUGUGCAAACGGGGCUACGUGUCAAGAUUUAGAUGACCACUAUCAGUGUGCCUGCCCUCGUGGUCAUGGAGGGGUUCACUGCGAUUUGGAUCUAAAUUUAUGCGAUCCCAAUCCCUGUAACAAUGAUGGUGUGUGCUCUGAAGAAGCCACUGGAAGUGUCGGCUACAGUUGUGAGUGCCAGCCUGGGUUCACAGGUCUUCACUGCGAGACAAACCUGAAUGAAUGUACGAAUGAGCCUUGUUCUAAUAAUGGUACAUGCAUCGAUGGCAUCAAUAGCUAUCAGUGUAUCUGUGCGGAUGGUUAUGAGGGACCGAAUUGUGAAGUAAGGAGUGAUCUAUGCAGCCCCAAUCCUUGCCACCAUGAUGCACCGUGUGAAGACGAAGGGGAUGACUACUUCUGCACAUGCCCAGCUGGUCUGUCAGGCCAAGACUGUGAGAUUGAAUUGGACCUUUGCUUUGAAGGAGUUACCUGUCUGAAUGGUGGCUCAUGUUCAUCGCCCUCUAGUGACGAACUCUGUCUCUGUAGUGAUGGAUUCAUUGGUGAAUAUUGUGAAAUCAACUUUGACGACUGUGCCAAGAAGCCAUGUGCCAAUAAUGCAAUCUGUAUUGAUGGCGAUAAUACAUUUAUCUGUGAAUGCCAAUAUGGCUUCACUGGUACCCUUUGCAAUAUUCAAAUAGAUGAAUGUGUGUCGUCCCCUUGCCAGAACGAAGGCACCUGUGUGGACAGGAUCAAUGGUUACUUGUGCGAGUGUGUUUCUGGUUUCAAUGGGAUCUACUGUGAGAACAACAAGAAUGAUUGCUUCACCAGUGCUUGCGGUCACGGUGAGUGCAUUGACGGGAUUGAAUCGUACCUUUGUAGAUGUGAUUCAGGCUACACUGGUCGUGAGUGUAGCAUUAACAUCAAUGAGUGCCAAUCCAACCCCUGUGCCAAUGGUGGCACAUGCUAUGACAUGGUUGAUAUGUUCUCCUGUAACUGCGCAGACGGAUGGAUCGGUGAACAGUGUGAGAUCAACGUAGAUGACUGUCUGAGCUCCCCUUGCAAAAACUCUGGGAUCUGCAUCGAUGGCCUGCAAUCCUACACCUGUAAAUGCAACCCUGGAUUUACUGGCCAGGACUGUCAAGUCAACAUCAAUGAAUGCUUCAGCAAUCCCUGUAAAAAUCAUGGCCUCUGCAUUGAUGGAAUCAACUCCUACACCUGUAGCUGUGUGAAUAAGAUGAGAGGCGUUCACUGUCAGAUCAACCCAGGCUUCUGCCAGCCAAACCCCUGCAGGCAUGGUGGCUCCUGCAAUGCUAAUGAGGCUGGGUUCACUUGCCAAUGUCCAACUGGUUUUGAAGGGUAUUUUUGUCAGACUAAUGUCGAUGAUUGUGUCGGUCACCAAUGCCAAAAUGGAGCCAGCUGUAUUGAUCAGGCCAACCGUUAUACAUGUCGAUGCAGUGCUGGGUAUACUGGAACUCACUGUGAGACAUCUUUAGAUAUCUGUGCUGCUGAGCCAUGUCGAAACAAUGCUCAAUGUGUCCCAUCUUCCCUCGGCACUCGACACUGUGUGUGCCCACAAGGUUUCAAAGGUGUGGGGUGUGAGGUUGAAAUCAACAACUGUAAGCCUGACCCAUGCCUUCAUGGAAGUACAUGCAUCAAUGGUUUGAACGCUCACUCCUGCCUCUGUCCACCUGGGUACACUGGUGACCAGUGUCAGGAAGACAUCGAUGAUUGUAUGGGACAUCUCUGUCAAAAUGGGGCUCAGUGCAUUGACGGCUUGAAUGAAUACCGGUGCAAGUGUCAACGAGGAUAUGUCGGCAGAUAUUGCAACGAUUUUGAACCGUGUCAUUUUGAUAUGGUGUUCCGAUGCAAUGUUCCCAGCCAGUUUGUCACCAUAGAGCAAGCCGUGGAGGAGAGCCUGCAAGCUUUCACCCUGUCCCUGUGGAUUCGAAGCACCCGCUCAUCGUCAACCGAUGCAGUAAUACUGUCCCACAUGGCACCAGGUAGUAGCCCAACACUUCAAGCAGCUGAGUUUGCCAUCAGUGAUCCUCAGGCCCUAACUAUCUUUAUCAAGGGAUACCAGUAUUCCACGUUGGUCAGUGUAAACGACGAUCUUUGGCAUCAUCUUGCCGUCUCUUGGAAUGAACACGGAGGGAAUCUAAUCAUCUAUAAAGAUGGUCAUGUAGUCCAGAACCAACAUCUUAUACGACCUGGUCACCGUAUCAAUAGUGGAGGGAAGUUCACACUUGGAGAGAUACAAGGCUCAGCAUCCACUUCAUCAACUAAGCUACAUGGUGCAGUAAGUGGUGUAAACAUGUGGGACACAGCAUUAGAGGGGUCUGUGAUUAGCAACCUUGCUAGUGCCUGUGGCUCUGUAAACCCUGGUAAUGUCAUCACAGCAGCUGACUUCCUCCAGACAGCCUCCCUUGGAAGAGUCCAGGUUCAGACACCCUCACAGUGUGACGUGGUGAAUGACUGUGCUUCCAACCCAUGCCAGUUUGGCAGUACCUGCAAAGAUGACUUGGGUCACUACAUCUGCCUUUGUUCCUCUGGUUUCACUGGACUACACUGUGAGAUUAACAUCGAUGACUGUGGAACACCAUCACCCUGUGAGAAUGGUGGCAGCUGUGUGGAUGGUAUAGAAACUUUCUCUUGUCAAUGCCCAUCAGGAUUCUCAGGACAGCUGUGUGAGCUUGAAAAAGUUGAUGGUGGUUGGACUUCAUGGAGUGACUGGAGUGUCUGUAGUGUGUCCUGUAAUGGUGGUUCUCAGUCACAUCAACGUACUUGUACCAAUCCCCAACCAGCUCAUGGAGGUAACCCUUGUGUUGGCGCUCUCACUGAAACCCAACAAUGCAACAUUGGACCAUGCCCAAGCUGUAAGAUCUUGACACCCCCGUUGAAUGGAGAGCUACACUGCGAGACUGUCGGUGAAGAGCAGAAUUGUACCAUCUCAUGCCUCAAAGGCUAUGGCUUCAGCAGGGCUAUUCUGUCAGCUUAUCGCUGUGGUCCAUCUACCAAUUACCAGUGGUCACAUGAAACGGAUACGAACCCGAGAGUCAACUUCCCCAAGUGUACAGACUACAAACCACCAUCCAAGUUUGCCUUGGAGUUAGUCAUGGAAUACGACAACUUGGUGUGUAACGGAAUCGAUGUGGCCAAGGAUAACAUGGUAUAUCAGCAAGUCAGUAACGCAGUUUCAUCUAGUGUCAACUCUAUCAAGUGUGUCAAGGACAAUGCCUGCGCUGUCAAGCAGUCUAAGGUCAAUGGCUGUAGUCCCUCUGUAGUUCAACCACAAGGCCGACGACGUAAGCGAUCAGUUGAUGAGAAUUUGAUUACAGUCAAUAUCAUAUUGGAGCAUGUUGUACAUAUUCCAGAUACCAACAACCUCACUAAUGAACAUGUGGCAAAUCAUAGCAGUUCUGUGUUAGCAAUUAGUGAGCUUCAGGAUGGUGCAAGUUAUCUCGUCAACCAGACAGUGGGUGGUCACUUUGCCAUCAGCAUUGAGAGUGACACAUAUGACAUCGACACAAAUAAGUCUUCAAGCUUCGGCGUGCCUGUCUGCCCAUCCGGAAUGGUUCGAGUUGAUCCGGAGGAUGCACGAUGUGUUCCUUGUUCUUCUGGUACGUUUGAUGAUGGAGACGCUUGCCGAGAGUGUCCCACUGGAACCUACCAGUCACAAGAGGGCGCUACACUCUGCCACACCUGCCGACGAGGAUUUACCACUCUGUAUACUGGAUCAGUCAGCAGAGAGGAGUGUAUCCAUCUGUAGCAGACCACAUGCCGGCCACUCCGGUUCCUCUGUCUGAAUUCUCGCUUAUCAGUCCUUAAGACUGUGCAAGUCUCAUGUAACUUCUAACUAAUGAGUUCAAAUAAAAUGCGAAGUAAACAAAAUCAUACACUUUGAACUGGUUGCAACGUUUGAAACUACACAAGACUUACACAGUCCCUUUACUGGAUAAACCAAGAUAAAUGGAUUGAUUGCGCCUUACUUACUCAGAGUCUCAUUAUAUUAAUUGUUAAGGUGGCAAGAAAACAACAGACUAAUUAUACAAGUAUUAGAACAAGAAAUGAACCCAAACAUCAAGGUUUUAGGCAGGGUCAUUGUGUGGUUUUUGGCA